AUGUCAAAGGCUAAAGGUCGCAAGGCAGAGAAGGUCGAAGAACCAGAGCAGGCAAUGCUAGGACCAAAUUUGACUGGCGAAAAGAUCUUUGCGGUUUGUCAUUUAUUAGCCACUUUUAAUGACACUUUUAUUCACGUCACUGAUCUAUCAGGCAGAGAAACUCUUGCCAGAGUGACUGGAGGGAUGAUGGUUAAAGCUGACAGAGAAGAGAGCUCACCAUACGCUGCAAUGCUUGCAGCUGUUGAGGUUUGCAACAGACUCAAGAAGCUUGGGAUCAACUCUUUACAUAUCAAGAUCAGAGCAAGAGGAGGCACUGAAAGUAAAACUCUAUAAUCAAGAUGUGACAUCGUUCGAAUUUUCUGUUCUCAAGAAUAGAAAUUAACGAAUUUUUAUUAUGAAUUUUGGCCUCACCCAGCGAAUUCUUCGCGGCAUACUGUCCGAGGUCCUCAACCUUGGACACUCAUCAUAUAUGGAAAUUGAUAUUUCUACAAGUGUGUCACGAAUCCCAAACUGUAGAAACUGGCCCUUUAGAGCCCUGACUGACGCAGUUGGUUUUGCCCAAGAACUAGAAGGAUACCCGCCAGCAUCAGAACGCUAGAAACCGAGGAAUCAUUCAGAUAAUACCAGGCUGUGGACAACCCGUAAUCGGCAAUGGGGAACUCUGAGGCGAAUGCGGAAACUCGUCCAAAUGAUGCAGUAGUGGACGUUAAACGAUGCAAGGUAUAUAUAAUUAAGUUAAAUUAAGAAAGCAAAACUCCAGGACCUGGCGCUCAAGCUGCGUUGAGAGCGUUGGCUAGAAAUGGAAUGCUAAUUGGCAGAAUUGAAGAUGUGACACCAAUCCCUACAGAUAGCACUAGGAGAGCUGGAGGCAGAAGAGGUAGAAGGCUUUAA